UAUAUAAACCAUGGCCACUUUCUUCUUGCAAACAAACCAGUUCAUUCUAGAGAAAAUUUUAAAACAGUGAUUGACUCUCUCCCUCUUUCUCUGCAUAAAAUACCACAUCUCAUUCCAGCUUUUAAAUUUGCUCUGAAAACAUAUGGCUAGAUACUACAGAGAUUCAUUCUUAGACUAUCUGUCCCUUCCACCUCUCCACCUAUGUUUCUUUGUUUCCAUCCUCUUUUUUGUACUGGGUUUUUCCUGGUACAUAAACUACGAGUCCAUGUUUGAGGAUUUCAUCAACCAGCUGAAAUUCUUCCUCAUGCUGUCCCCGGUUGUUCUGCUGCUUCUCAUUCACUGCUUCUCAGGGAGCGUUCCUUUCCUUAUUCCACUGCCGGAACAAGAUUCACUUCACAGAACAGGAGGGUCGCCAUGGGGGGUGGCGCUUUUGCUUGUGUUCCUUCUAUAUAUGAUCUCUUAUCAAUCUUCUUUUCAUGAGCGUUGGUUCCCAUUGGGGACUAAAUAAUGAUCAAGAGACAUGUAUAUGUAACCUUGGGGGUGUGUUUUUUUUUUCUGUGUAUUAGUUAUAACAGAGACAUUUUGAGGUUGAGCUUGGCUUGCCUUUUUGGUACACAAGACUUGCUUUUUUAUCUUUCCAGUAUAUUAUAUGUUGUAUGUAGCUUUGUGUUUUGGUCAGGUUCUAUAUGUAGAAGAUCUUAUGGAAUUUGCUGUGUUGAUAUGUAUAUUGAUUUCAUCUGUUGUUUCUUAGGUUAAUAACUGAGGUAAUCUCAUAGUUGAUUCAGUGAAUUCUUUACUGUGAAUCAUUUCUCUGAU